AUGGCUACUGCAGCAAUAUCACCGCUGGUCAGUUCUGUCGAGAAGACAAAUGGAGCCAAGCUCAGCAGGCUUCUCAUUGAUGGUGGAACAACAGUUCUUAGGAAGAUUUUUGAUGGUCAUCAUCCUCCUACGAACUUGGCUGCUGAUCUCAAUGCUAACAAGUACACUCUUAGCAUUUUAUUGAAGAAAAAGGUUUUACAUAAACCUCAAUGGGACAAACUGUUUCCACCUGGUGGAGUCGCACCAGAUUCCAAAACCUUUGAUAUCACUCUUUUGUUUCUCCUUCUUACCAACACUUGUGGACUAACACCUCCUCACUUAGGAUGGCACACUAAACCACCCCCAAGUGACAUGUCUCAUGAGGCUAACCUUGCACGGGUUAAGUUUUAUCGAAAUGUCUUGUAUGGUCAUGUGACAACCACUGGUGUUGAUGCAUCAACUUUCUCAAUUCUGUGGAUUGAAAUUAGUGCUGUUCUUGUGAGUCUUGGUCUUGAUCAGGCGGAAGUAGAUAGGUUGAAGGCAGAGAAAGGUGGAGAGGAAGAUUAUAUUGACGUCUUGAUCGAGUGGGCUGACAGUGAAGAGGAUAUCAAGUCACAGUUAAAGAACAUUAAUCAGUCUCAGAGCAAAACGCAUCAAGCAAUUGAAGAUGUUCGUCAGGCGCAGGCCAAGACACAACAAAGUGUUGAUGAAGUGUGUCAGAGCGUGAAAGAAGUUGAAGUAGGUCUCAAGGAAAUUAAAGAAAGAGUGGAUAGUUUAAGAUUCGGACAAGACAAGGACAGGUCAGACGAGGUCCUUCGAAGUCUCACCAUGUCUGAAUUCAGAGGAGACAUUGAGUAUUACGUGGAACGAUUUCAAGAAGGCACCCGUGAGUGGGUCUUUGACAGAGUCCAAAGCUGGCUGGAUGACAGAAGCUCUCAAAACCGCGUGAUGGUGAUCAGUGGAAAUGCAGGAAUGGGAAAAUCUGUCAUCUCUGCCGUGAUUUGCAAGAGAAUGCAAGAGGCUACCAGGCUGUCAGGAAGCCAUUUUUGUCAGUACAAAAAUGUACGCUUCUCGAAACCUCAGUUGAUGAUUCAGUCUCUUGCCUGUCACUUGUCCCAUGCCCUGCCAGAAUACAAGCAAGUGCUAGUGAAACAGCUAUCAAGAAAUAUGGGCGAAGAUCUCAACAACAUGGGUGUAGAAGAGUUGUUUGCACUGCUUUUUAAGGAACCUCUUAGUUCUGUAGGUGACCCUGGAAGAAACAUGCUCAUGGUGAUAGAUGGUUUGGAUGAAAGCGAAUACAAGGGAAGAAAUGAGCUUCUUGAUGUGAUUGCUAAUCAGUUUUGUAAGCUUCCUAUUUGGAUUCGUUUUCUCGUCACGACGCGUCCAGCCUUAAACAUUGCAGAGAAACUAAAACAUUUGAAGCAACUUAAACUGGAGUCUAAUGAUGAAGACAAUAUAGGAGACGUCAGAGUAUUAUGCCUAAAAAGACUUCAGCGCGUGGUCGAACCAGAGAAUGUGAGUGAGUUCAUAGAACAACUAGUGUUGAAAUCUGAAGGACUCAUGCUGUACGCUCAUUUUCUCAUAUUGGAGAUAACGGAAAAUGCAUCAAUUUUCCACGAGGGAGACCUUGUCGGCAGUUCACCAUCAGGAAUUUCUGCUGUGUAUCAUUCGUAUUUCAAACGUUUGGAACUCGAACUCAUAAAAGAACUUAACAUAAGGGAAGAACAUUUCCUGAAUCUUUUAUCUGCUAUGACCUCUUCAAGGGAGCCCCUGCCAAUGGGUUUUGUCUCUAAAGUAUUACUAUCAAGUACCAAUUCACCACUAACAAAACGUACAGUACUGAGAGCCUUGGGCAGUGUGUCUGCACUUCUCCCCAUCCGUGACGAUUGUCUUCACGUCAUUCACAAGUCAGUUAAAGACUGGUUAACAGACAAUGUAUGUUAUGGGGAGCAUGAAUUCAUCAUGGAUGAGAACGAGGGUCAUCGCUUACUUGCGAGCCUGUGUAUUGAAGAACUUGAAAAUCUGCGGCUUAAAGAAGUCGAUAACUUUCAGUUUGGCGCCUCUGAGAAGUACGCUUUGUAUCAUGGUGCACAUCACAUGCUACACGAAGGGGUCACGAGAGAGCCGCAUAAGCUCGACGACCUGACAAAAGCCUACUUUAUUGAUUUAGAAAUCGUGUAUGCCAAGACCAGCGUUAACAGCACAAUAGCGGCUGAAGACCUUGUUUGGCUUAAAGAGCAGGGGAUUUUUGCGUUGUUAUCAAAAGAUGUUCAAAGUAUUGUGGACACCUUGUUGUUUCUGUUAAGAAAAAACCUCCGUUUGUUUACCGAUACCCCUCAUACUUUUCUUCAAACCAUUCUUAACCAAGGAGGAAAAGUGUUGACUGAAGAGGCGGCGAAUCUUUUGCGAAUAAAGUAUUCUGAAAUACCAUACAUGGAGGUUGUUCAUAAGGAAACGAUACAGGGAGGUGUUUUAGCCCAAUUUAAUUGUUCAUCUGAUGUGAUCUGUUUGGACGUCUCUCCACAGUUGGAUUAUAUGGUGUGUGAAUGUGACAACGGAAUGCUGCAGCUGUGGUCACUCCAUACUGGUAGACUAGUGUGGACACGUCCAGCCGCAGUAAAAAAGAGUUUCAAGCUUUCCCUGUUCGUCGGUUUUGGUAGAAAUUCGCCUUCUGAAGAUGUUUCAUUAUUUCGUUCUGUUGUUUUUCACCCUACAAAGGAAUGUAUUUUACCUGGAAUUCUAGGUCAGGCCUAUACUAUGGACGGAGACUUGAAACCGCUCUUUCCCAGAAGUAACUGUAGAUUCUCAGUUUGCUCUAUUUCAGGCGACAAGACCAAGAUUCUAACUAACUGUCUUGAGAAUUCUAAAUGCCUUUUCUUGUGGAAUUUAGAAAAUGGCUCUGAGGUUGAUCGAAUUCUCGCAAAUGAAGACAUUUUAUCAUUUGCAUGGUCUGGUGAUGGAAGGCUUCUUGCAAUUUCACAUUCUUCGGGAGUGAUUAGUUUGUAUGAUGUGAUGUGUAAUUUCAGAAAACUAACCCAAACGGCUACCCCAAAAGUAUGUGGCGUGGUAAAGUUUUCACCCGAUCAUCGAUUCAUUUUUUGUUGCGCUGUAAAAGGCGUCGCAUUUCCCAUACGCUUUUUUUGUCUCAAGGUUUUAAAGGAGGCCUACAACACAUUUUCUUUAACGGGUGUGUGUCAUGAUUCCAAGAAAUUUGAAUCUUUUAGUGAUUGUGGGUUUUUAUUUGGCGAUCUUAUUGCCGAGGACAGGUAUCCGUUUCAGUUGACGUUUGGUCUUGAAAAGCAACGUCUGUUAAUUUCCUCUCAGAGUGUAAUAGAAAUGGUGGAUACCAAAUAUGUAAACAGAAACGAUCAAGGCGUAGCUAACCAUGUUACUGCAGCUACUGGGAUAGCACUCAGUUUGGAUGGUCAGACCGUGUUUGUUGCAAGUAAGACAUCAGUCACUGCUUAUGACGUGUCGAGUGGGAAGCGUAGAGCUGAGAUAAACUGCGGGGCGUAUACUGUACGCAUGUACAGGAAACAUCCCAUGUGUCCUGUUAGCGGUGGAGUCCUAAUCUUACCGAAUGAAUUAGAAAGCACUGUUGAGUUGUGGAGUGGUAACCUCGCUAAACGAAUCAAAAGGUGGACCAACCUGCCUGGAGUCAAACAUCUGAUCCCUAUAUCAGAGGAACGAGUAGCAGUCGUAGGAGAGGUUGACGUGAACGUCCUAGAUACAAGCAGUGGAAAAGUUGUGUCAACAAUCCCAGUUUUACAAGGAAGAGUUCUUACCUGCAACAGUAAAUGUCAGCUGUUAACAAAAAGGCCUUUGGGAGCAAUUUCUUGCUCUCUUCAGCUUUUGGAUGGCAAAACAGUUGUUUGGAGAAAGGAAAUCAUUGACAGCUACGCUAAUGAUAAGGCUGUGGCUUUCUCACCUAUGGAACAGUUCCUGGUUGUUGGCACGAUUGAAGGCAUGCUUUUGUUGGAUGCCGAAACAGGAAACACGCUCCAUACUUUACGUCCUUCGUUUUUCCAGUUAUGGCAUUGUACGUUUAUCAGUGGCAACACAUGUGUUAUUUCUGAUUUUGAUUUAACGGUUCAGCUGUUAAACGUCAAAUCUGGUAAACGUCUAACCGAAAUUGAUUUUGAAAGUUCCGUGACCUGUGUAGCAGCCUGUCCCUUCAAUAGUGUUCUCGCCAUCGGCCUUUGGGACUCCACACCUAAUUUCAAAGUUAUCAGGGUGCAUUUGCCGCGGGGCGAAGACCGUGGAAACGUGGAAAGGUAA